AAGGUGUUCUGACAAUCAGGACCUUUUCGGGGAAUUUAAAAAUUUAAAUGUUCCCCAUUCUAUUGGAUUUAAAUCCGCCAUUGGGGAAUAUUUCUUCGAAGAUUUAUUGUGUACAAAUUUGGUGUGUUUAACCUUUCCAUAACUCCAGUCAUCGCAUUGAUAACAAGUUGGUUUUUAGUAGCGUUCUUGGUAACAUCUCUCGCGUUGGACAUCAAAAUGUGUAUUAAAGCUACAAUUUAAAUGCUUUCAGUUACCAGAAGAAAUAAGUGAGAUGUGCUAUUCUGAAACCAUUUGUGAAUCUGUUGUUAAAGAAGACGUAUCAUCGGUUAGUUUCGAAAUGAGAAAAAUUGUGACUGUGUUAUGUCACAUUUGCUUUGAUAAGAAUAAUAACAACAUCCAGAUUUAAAGUUUAAUGUGUCAUUUCUUUUGAUUAAUUUAAUGAAUUAAAAUUUUGAUGAGAAUGAAAUGGAAACCAAUAAAGUUGUAUCAUUUGUCCAACACAAAACAAGGAAAAAUGUUCCAUUGUGUUGCAUACUCAGGGAAGCUGGUAUCAACACGAAAAAAGGUGGUCCAGCCAAAGGCCUUCAGUGGGCUGCGGAAGAGAAAUUAAUUUCCAAAAAUCAUGAAGAAUUCAAUUGUUAUUUGCCUGACGGCACGAGAUCGACUUUUCUUAUGGUUUUUAGUCCGGAUGGGAAAAUGAUUGCAUCAACACAUGGCAAUCACAAUGUUUAUGUUACUGAUCUUACAAAUGGUAAAAAUGUUAAAACUUUGACUGGGCAUCCACGAACUCCUUGGUGUAUAGCCUUUCACCCUUCAUCAAAUCAAAUCCUUGCAUCUGGUUGCCUUGGUGGGCAAGUUAGAGUUUGGGAUUUACAUGGUGGAAGUGAGAUCUGGACAGCUGAUAGUCAGACAGUAAUUGCUUCUCUGGCAUUUCAUCCAACUGACAGGGUUCUUGUCAUAGCAUCAUACAAUGAAAUUCAUUUUUGGGAUUGGAGUCAGCAAAAGCCUUUUGCUAAAUGUUGUACAUCAAAUGAACGUGAAAAAGUCAGGUAUGUUGCUUUUGAUGAACUUGGGGAAAAACUGGUUACUGGGAUUGCUAAUGCACCAACGAGGAUUCAAAGUCAGUGGGACCGGGUCUCAGCUCCCCAACCUCCACCUCAAUUGUCGCAGGCUGAGCAUGAAAGAAGGAUAACUAUAUGUUAUCGCUAUAUGGUAGAGCAGUAUGAACAAUUGGUUGAACGUUAUUAUCGGCUCUCUAAUGGAAGUGGUGGGAGUGCCUCUCAACCAAUGGCAAGAAGGAAUCCACCUCAUACAAUGGACCGUGGAACUGAUCCUAUGGAACCUUCAGAAGAUCGAUCACAAAGGUGCUCUGCCUGUCAGCGGUCAAAUUUCACUGAUAAUAAUGAACCAGGGCCAUCAACAGCAACAUUACAACAACGUAGACCUUCUAAUAGUGUCAAUGAUAGUACAUUGACUUCAUCUUCUCGGGUGUCAAAUGAAGGAGGAUCAGCAGAGCCAUUUCAAGGUUCAUCUCAAAGAACUCACCUCACAGUGAGAGCAAAUUAUUUAUAUGAAAGGCUUGCCAGGCUAAGAUCUCAGGUAGAAACUGGUCGUUCAAUACUGGCUCGAACUAGGACUGCUGCAGCUGCCAUGUCUGCUAGAAUGAGCCCUUCUGCACCAGAAGAUGCAAACUUUCUUAUUGACAAUUUUCAAACGAGGCAUAAUUCUAAUAGAGCCGUAUCUGACGAAGCAUUUAAUAUGUUAAUAUUACCUGAGCCUCUUGUACCUACUGAAACUACAGAGGACAGACCCUCUUUUAUAAGUCGAAUCGGAUCAUUUCUAACUAGAAGAAGGAAUGGUGUUUCUCGAGUGUCUGAUUCCAGUAGUUCAGAAACAAGUAUUUCAGACAAUGGUUCAACUUGGCAUAGACCUCUUACUCCUCCUCCAUCAUAUAGCCAGCGCCUUACUAAUUUAAUUUGUCCUACUUCGAGCAACGUUAUUUUCGAUCCAGUAUCUCCAGAAUCUUCUCCUGAUUGCCCUCCGAUAGCAAAUGGUUGCCCUCGUCAUGAUCCAUUUGCUGGGCAAGAUUCUCCUUCACCAUCAUUUUCUGCACCUGGUUAUUCUAGCCCUCACACUACAACUUCUACUGAGCCUCCUACAGCAUCGCAUCCUCCUAUUCCUGCAUGGGUCCAAAGGCCUGAAAUGCCACCAGAUAUUGCUUCACCUUCUAGUCAGAGCUUGUCCGAACCAACUAAUGGUUCUGAUUCAGAUGCUGAUAGUGUUUUCUUAAGGCAGAACAUAGAAAACAGUUUUUCACAUUGGCGUGUAUUUCUGCGUUAUCGUUACUUCAGAGACUCAGGUUCAAACACUGAACCUCCUUCUGAAUCGAAUUCCAGUGAUAGUUCAAAUCGACUAAGAAGACCAUGUGAAAGUUCUUCUGCUAUUGCGAGGCUAAGAGCUCAGUUCAGGAGACUUCAGAGCGGAUAUAACACCCGUGAUAGAGAACCACACCUUUUAAGGGUUGCUACAGAAAAUGCAGAGAGGAGGCUAUUAACAAGACUUUCUAAUCUUCUGCAAAGACCCUUUCCUUCAACCUCCAGUAACGAUACAAGCUUGCAGCCUCCGCCUGGUAACACUCCAGAUCUUGCUAGUGUCAGAUUUGGUUUACAACUGUUAGGCAGACAUAUAGAUAAUUUAUCUCGCCAAUGCAGUCGAGUUCGUCUUGAAUCUGGAGAAAUGAGGCGGAUGUGGCAAGAACUAGAAUCACAAAUAUUCACCCUCCAUAGAGCUGUUAGAGAUUGGCCACCUGUUGUAAGGGUCUCUCCUGGAAAUCAAGUUGAUGCAGAAGGAGUUGCAAGUACUUCUUCAUUACCAACAGAUGAGGAAAGUGAAGAUUCAGGUCUAAUGUCAACUCAGAGACGCCACUUAGGCACAAGGAGGUUUAGGUUUCUUCAUAGGCCUGCCUACAAAAGACCUCGUUUUGAUAGACACUUCAGGUUCCCUAGGAGAUAUCCACAACCGGGUACUAGUGUAGAUGAUGACAGUGAUGAUAAUGAUGAUGGAAACGCUUCAUCGAGACAAAGUGAAAGCUCUGAUGCAGAUACUCCGCAUGGCGUGAAGCGGAAGUCAAUGUGUGAUCAGUCACCGUCUACUAGCAAUGAUACCCCAAGAACAACUACACGAAUAAGUGUCAGGUAUCGCAUUUCCGGAAGACCUAGAUUUAGGCCACCAUUGUCCUUCAGACCAUGGCAUAAUCCCUUCAGGGAAAAAGUUUGGCCACCUCGUGAAUUCUCUAAUUCAAGAGAAAUGCCUGAAGAAUCUUCAUCAGCAAGAUGUAGGCCAGGUCUCUCAGCAGCGAGAGAAGCUAGCCAGAGAGAUGCCAUACGGCAUAGGGCUAGGCAUGUGUUGUUACUGAUGGUGGACAGCUUGACUCAGUUUUUUGAAAAUGACACAUUUACUCGUUCUGUUUCAAAUGAAACCCUUCAGGAAAGAAUUUCGAAUUUGAUCAGCUUACUUGAGUUAGCUUUGAAUCUUACUGAUCUUUUGCUCACCCAAUUGGAUAUUUCAAGCCGAGAACUUGGUAGCAGAGAAAGGCGCUCUGGAAGGAGCAGCGAUCCUGUGCCCAGUAGCAGCAGCCACAGGCCGACGACUGCGAGGGAUAAUGAACCUGUCAGGAGGAGGCCCACUCAACAGAGAAGAUUUUCUUCCAUAUUACAAGCACCUGAAGAACUCCUGAGAAGAUUCAGUAGCAGGGAUGAAAACUCAACUGCAGGGUCUAGAAGUAGUCUUCCGGUACUGAGAGUAAAUGAUGGUCCUCCUCCUCCAGACAACCCAUCCAAUACACUGCGGGAAUCACCCCCUCCUGCAAUGCCACCAACAUUCAGGCCAAGAUUUCUGCAUCCAAGAUAUCGCCUUCCUGCGUUUGUUGACGACUCCAGUGAGGAUUCAUCUCAUGAUAGGAAUGAUCUAUUUUUCUUGAGAGCUACAUCAGCUUCAAUGCUUCUCAGUGAUACUCCAAUGGCCCCUCAUCAUAGAAUUCAAGCCUGGGAUUUCACAAAAUAUGCCCUUCCAGAAAUACAUAUUGCUGAUAAAAAUAUUGUUGUUUCGGAGUGUAAAAUACAUAAUGAUGCCAGUGUCGACAUUUCUAAUGAUGGUAAACUCCUUGUUUCUCUUUUACCAUCCGGGAGAUUAUCUAUAACUACUAUGCUUGGUGUUUAUAGCUUACAAUGGGAGUCCCUUGGGCAAUGUCUUUAUACAACCAGUUUUGAACAGAAUGCAGUUUCAGUAAGUUUAUCACCUACUACAAGGCAUCUCAUCGUUGGACUCGCAUCUCGAAGAGUACAUUUCUUUCAUACAGAUCGUCAAACUAUAGCACAGAUAUUCAGAUUAGAAGGAGGUAAGCCAUCGAAAAAUCUACCUUCAAAAGGAAGAUUGGUGCUAGUUAGGGAAUUAGAUAUGUCCCGUGAAUCUACUGACUUCAUGAGCCUUAAUUGUAUUCGUUGGGCUCCAACGCCAGGUGAAGCUUUUGUAUAUGGUACAAACACUGGGAAACUUAAAAUCCUUCGAUAGAUGCUACAUGAAAUAUUAGUUUAUUGAAUAUUUACUAUUCUAUUGUUAUCCGAAUAAUUUUUAUUGUAUUUUAAGUCUUAAUUGUAACAAUCAUUGAUUGCUACUUCUGUGACAUUUAAUGUUCUACACAUCUGACUGUGCUAAUUAUAAGAAUAUUCUGUAUAUAAAUAAUGUAUACAGUGAAUGUAUAUCUAUUCUGACUAUGAACAUUUUUAUAUGUAAAUGUAAUUGGUAGUUAGAGAUGUAAGAUCAACUUUUUGGUUUGUAUAUACAGCACUUCCCGUAAAUACAAGAUUUAUUAUAUUGUUUUCUUGCUGUAUUGUAUGUAUAUAUAUAUAUAUAUAUUUAGAAAUAAUUUUGUAACUGUCUAUUAUGGAUGUAGGUAAGUGAUAACGAGCUACCAGUUUUUAUUAGUUAUCGACUUUAUUUUUCUGUAUAGUAUUUUAUUGUUCUUUAAGAAGUGUAUAGGAAUUAUUAGUUGAAAGUAAACAAAAAAAAAUUAAUUGUACUAUGUAAGGAAAUGUUGAAUGUUAUGUAUUUUAUGGAAACAGAAAGUUUCUGUUUUUUUUUUUUUUCUUGUUUGAAGGAAAAUGUGUGUACAUCUGUAUAAAUUGGCACACAAACACACACACACAAGAAAUAUACAAUAUUUUGGGGGUUAAUAAGUAAGAGGUGUAAGCAUAUUUGUUGUUAAUAGAGCUUUAACUUUUUUAAGACCAGAUUUUAUGUAUGUACUACUUUUUAUUGAUUACUAGAUAUUUUUUUAACUUUUUUUUCAAUUCGAUUAUUAAUUUUCAUUGCUUGUAUUUGUACAUUUAGAUGCAUUAGUUAAAUUGUAAUCAUUAUGUAAAUUAAAAAGAAACUAGAUCUCCAAGUUGCCUCAAUGUAAUAUAGAUUGUGAAAACAGAUUUAGGAACCUCUGUUGUUAUUCACUUUUCUAAUAGGGCUUCAUAAUUUGUUAGAAAUUAGUUUAACUGAUAAAAUUAAGUUAUUUGUUUAUAGCACUUGUUCUUUAAUCAGUUUAACGAAUAGAAACUAAUUUUAUAGCAAGACUAUUUAAAGAAAAAAAAUCUAGAAAGAGGACUGAUACAACAAUCGUUUUAUUAUUGUGUAAACAUAAGCACUACUUUAAUAUCAAUAGCUUUUUUAGAGUCGCAAUUACAAUUUUGCAGUUUAGGAAAAAAUAAUCUUAUGGUAACAAAAAUUAUUUAUUCAAUAAUAUUUCAAAUUUUAUGUUAACAUAAUUAUUAUGUUUGUUAAAUCAUUUUUAUUAUGUACAUGCUAAUAAUAAUAAAAUCAAUUGUUUUCAUCAAUAGGGUAUGUUUAUUAUUUAUAGUCAUUCUUAAAUAUUUUUGUAAAAUGUAUUUUAGUUAACUAAAAUUAUUACUUUUCCUAACCAUCUAUCAAAAUUUAUGUCUGAUAUCUGAAUAAUUUACUAAUAAGCACUUGGAACUUGACUAUAUAAAGGUACUACUUCGCUUGUACUGCCCAUCACACUGACUGCUAGCAAUUGAGCACUGCUUUAGUGAAUAGAAAGGAGCCUAUUCUGUUGGCACUGCUCUGCAGUCUAGGUAUGACAUCACUAUACUAGUACUUUCUGACCGCUCCUGAAGCAGUGAAACUUUUUUUUUUUGGGUCCUCCCCUUCCUUGCCAUUAAGGUUAUAUGGGAUUUUCCCGGGCCAGGGAGUGUGGGCGGGGAUUUUAAAGAUGCCUUGGCACCGGGUCGCGAACUCAUGACUAUUUUUAUAACACAUUUGUCAUAUAUCAGGUUGCCGGGCAACGGCGGUACUGUGCACAACGCGUUAACCCAUUCGGCCACCCAGCCGGCGGGGUGCCCACUGAAGCCGUGAAGCUGUUGAUAGUACGACAAUUCUAGGGUAUGAUAUCAUAUGAGAGAAGAGUUUUUGUUAUAACAGUCACCUUGCUACGUUUCAUUCCCCACUUUUGUUCAUCAAAUCAGACAAAAUUAAAUGACAAUUUUUACAAAGGAAUUUGAAUUGACAUUUAAUAAUUAAAAAAAUUAAGUUCAGGUAAAUACUCAGUUCCAAUCCAAACCUUGAAAAAUUAAUUUGUUUUUUAAAAUUAAAUUGCCUAUUUACUGAUUACCUAAUGAUAAAACGGCAAAAACAUUGUCUGCUGUGAUUUCAUUACAAAUGUAUAAUAUUUGUUACUGAAGUGAUUAUACUAAUAAUAAAUAAUAAAUUUAAAAUCAGAGAUACAUCCUCAUUUCUUAAAAUAAUAUUUUGUCUUUCUCUUUCAAGAGACGAUAUUUUCUAUUAAAAAUAUUAUAAGAAAGCAUAAUUUUGUAGAAGGUGGGCUUUAAUAUGUUGAUAAAUGUUAACAUUUUAUAACACAGAUAUAACCUAAUCUUGUUAUUCAAUUUGAACUACCGGGAAAAAAAAUGAAAUAUAUUAAUUAAAUAAGAGUGAAAUUCUGCCACCAUAUGUGUUGUUCUGAUACAAAUGAAAAUCAUUAAAUUUAUUUCAAAGUAGGAUGCUAAAUCGAAAGGAUUUUCUGACUAUACCUUAAGACUGAAUUCUCCAAUUGGUUACUUAUGAUAAUGCAAAGAUCCCCAUAUUGCAAUAUAAGAAGUUAAAACAUUGCAAAACUACCCCUACUACAGCUUAGCUUUAUUCCGCUUUUCUAAUAUUAUAGCUCAAAUUGAACCAAUCGAAAACAAAGAGUGCUACAGUACCUCCGUUAUUUCAGGCUAAUAAUGAUAGAUUUAGUUAUCAACUUUAAUACUUGGUAUACU